GCACAGGACAGCUGAUGCUGCAGGCAGAGGAAAUGAUUUCUUUCUUAAACUGAGUCUGCUGUCAGUGAAUUUGUUUAUCAAGCUGCACCAUGAGAAUGCUGACUGUGCCUACACUUGUUUAUGCCAUGUUGGCUCUGACUCCAGCUGCCGCAGUGAGUCACCUGGUCAAGAGGUCGGCAUCUUGUUCUGGUCGCUGGUCUGAGGUCAGUGGUCGCUGUUUCCAGUACAUUCCAAGGUCCUUGAGUUGGGCUCGAGCCGAGAGAAACUGUGAGUCUCUGGGUGGAAACCUGGCAUCUGUGCACAACAUCAUGGAGUACCAGGAGAUUCAGAGACUGAUAAUGACUGCCAGCUACGGUUACAAGGAAACCUGGAUUGGAGGCUCCGAUGCUCAGGAGGAGAACCAGUGGUUGUGGAGUGAUGGCACACCCUUCAUAUAUGUCAACUGGUGUCCCGGAGAGCCGAAUAACCACAUGGGCGAGCAGCACUGCUUAAGAAUAAACCACGCAGCUCAAAAGUGCUGGGAUGACUUUCAGUGCCACACUCCGAAACCAUCCGUCUGCGCCAAGAAAAUCUGAAGAUGAGCUGAAGGCUCUAUAUCUGCAUUUGCAUCUUUGUUGUAGUUCUAUUGCUGCCAUGCAACUGAAGGAGCAAAGCAACAAAUAACAGAAACGGGAGGUGGAUUAUUUCUUUUGAAUCUUUCAUAAGGUAAAACUGAAUGUGGCAUGAAAAGAAUGCUUUUAGCACAGCUUUAUUCUGGAAAUUAAAAUCACUUCUUUGUGCAAAAAUAAAAGACUAAAGCAUUUAAA